AUGCGCGUCUCAAAUGCCACCGCGACGAGCUCGCAGUUGCGAGACUCGAAUGCCGAUCGCCGCGGCGAACUCGACGAUCGCGGCGAAAGCGCCGCUUGCGCUGCUGCUGAGUUAGGCAGGGAGGGCGUAGGCGGCGGAGGCGGCGGACUAGACGCCGCUGCGGGUAAUGCGCGAAGUGGUGGCGGAGACCGCGGAAGCGCGGAGGCGGAGGUCGGGGGAAACGCGGUAGGGCGGGAUUGCGGAAGGGCGGAGCUGAACGACGGGGGCGGGGGAGCCGCCGCCCCCGCGGAUCCCCCUCAUCGUGUUCGCGCUGCUGGCCAUGUCAGCGUGGGACCGCAGCCACACAUAUCAGCAUCCUCCCCCCAUUCCCCCCCAUCCACCUUGCAUGGUGUCCCUCACCUGCCCUCCACGCUGCUGGCCACGUCAGCGUGGGACCGCAGCCAGUUCGCCGCCCACACGGAGAAGAGAGCGCUUCAACUGGGGGCGGAGGAAGGUGAGAGAGAAGGGAGGGAAGGGGAGAGUGAGGGGAUAGUUGUGCAUGGGUGA